AUGGAGUUUGGUAGUGGGCUGAGGGUGCCGUUAUGGGCGCUAAUGUUAACGAUCUGCAGUAUCCAACAAAAAGUUUCUAGCACAGAAGAAAUAUCUGGAAAGGUAACCAUUAUCCCACCACUGACGACAACACCAGUUAUAACAUCCUUCAACUCAGCUCACAAUGGGCAAGUGUGUAGCACAUGGGGCCACUUCCAUUUCAAGACUUUUGAUGGGGACAUCUAUAAUUUCCCUGGGACCUGCAACUAUGUCUUUGCCUCCCAUUGCAAUGCUGCCUUUGAGGACUUCAACAUCCAGAUGAGGCGCUCAGGAGUAGGAAAUCCUGCCACUAUCAGCUAUGUCACCAUGCGGAUGGAUGGAGUGGAUAUUGUAUUGGAAGAGAAUAAAGUUGUGGUGAAUGGUGCAAGGGUUGAGCUGCCUUACACCGGAUCUGGAUUCAGUAUCGAGAAAUUUACUGUCUACAUUAAAGUCACUGUUAAGUUGGUCCUAACCUUAAUGUGGAAUGAAAAAGACAGCUUAAUGCUGGAACUGGAUAAAAAAUAUGCCAAUCAGACCUGUGGGCUUUGUGGAGAUUUUAAUGGCAUUCCCACUUACAAUGAAUUCCUUUCAAACAAUGCUCCCAUAACUGCCUUGCAGUUUGGGAAUAUGCAGAAACUAAAUGGACCAACAGAAGAAUGUGAGGAUCCUGCAGCGACCUUUGAGAGAAACUGCACUACUGUAAAUGAUAUUUGCCAGAACGUACUGACUGGUUCUGCAUUCUCAGACUGUCAUGCUGUAGUAGGGGUAAAUGACUACAUUGAGGCAUGUAAACAAGACUUGUGCCUCUGCGACCCACUCGAAACAUUCUCCUGCCUCUGUAACACUUUUGCGGAAUACUCCCGGCAGUGCGCUCACGCUGGUGGACAACCUCAGAACUGGAGAACAGCGGACCUGUGCUUAAUCCCAUGCUCCUUCGGCAUGCAGUACGAAGAAUGUGGUUCACCCUGUGCGAACACUUGUACCAAUUCUGAAAGAUCUCAUCUCUGUGAAGAACACUGUGUAGAUGGCUGCUUCUGCCCCCCAGGAACUGUAUAUGAUGACAUCAAUGGCUCUGGCUGCAUGCCCCUUGAGACGUGCUCCUGCAUUUACAACGGCAAAACAUAUGCUCCAGGGACAACUUACACAGACCGCUGCAGUUCCUGUUCCUGCACUGGAGCUCAGUGGACCUGCACACAUUUCCCAUGUCCUGGCAUUUGCUCAGUAGAGGGUGGAUCACACAUCUCCACUUAUGAUGAAAAACGUUAUAAUGUCUAUGGAGACUGUACUUACGUUCUUUCUAAGGUUUGUGAAGACAACUCAUUUACUGUUCUUGGAGAACUCCGCAGAUGUGGCCUAACUGAGACUGAGACAUGCUUAAAGAUGAUAGCCCUUAGCAUCAAUGGAGAACAGACUAACAUUGUGGUCAAGCCGAAUGGUGAUGUAUUUUUUAACUGGAUCUACACACAGCUGCCGAUCUCAGCAGCUAAUGUAACCAUCUUCAGGCCUUCGACUUUCUUCAUCAUUAUUGCAACAAACUUUGGCCUUCAGCUAGAGAUCCAGCUCACCCCUUUGAUGCAAGUAUAUAUCAACCUGGAUCCAUCUUUCAAAGAGAGGACCUGUGGUCUCUGUGGAAACUUUGACAGCCGCCAGACAGAUGACUUCAAAGCCAUAAGUGGAGUGGUGGAAGGAUCAGCAUCUGCAUUUGCGAACACCUGGAAAACUCAGGCUUCCUGUCCCAACAUCAAACAUAGUUUUGAGGACCCUUGCACACUGAGCAUUGAAAAUGAAAAAUAUGCCCAUCACUGGUGCGGAUUGCUGACUGACUCCGAAGGACCUUUUGCUAAAUGCCACCCCUCCGUGAAUCCAGCUGCUUAUCAUAAGAACUGCAUGUUUGACACGUGCAACUGUGAGAGGAGUGAGGAUUGCAUGUGUGCCGCCCUCUCUGCCUAUGUCAGAGCCUGUGCAGCCAGAGGGGUUGAACUGCCAGGAUGGAGGACAGACGUCUGUUCCAAAUAUACCACUUCGUGCCCCAAAUCCCUGAAUUAUACCUAUACCAUCAGUUCCUGUCAGACUACUUGCCGAUCCCUGAGUGAACCUGAUGUCACCUGCAAUAUCAAAUUUGUCCCAGUUGAUGGAUGUACAUGUGAAAGUGGAACCUACUUGGAUGAUUCUGGAAAAUGUGUGCCUGCUAACAAGUGCCCCUGUUACUACAAAGGAACACCUGUACUUUCUGGUGAAGUUCUUCAUGACCUUGGUGUUGUAUGCACUUGUAACCAAGGAAAGUUGAAUUGCAUUGGUGGUGGAGACUCAAAGCCAGUGUGCGCUGCCCCUAUGGUCUACUUUGACUGCACAAAUGCCACUGUAGGCAGCAUUGGAGCUGAAUGUCAGAAGAGCUGUCAGACUCUUGACAUGCACUGUUACAGCACACAGUGUACCUCUGGCUGUAUGUGUCCCUAUGGGCUAGUUUCAGAUGGUAAAGGUGGCUGCAUUGCUGAAGAAGAGUGUCCAUGUAUUCACAAUGAUGUCACUUAUGAGCCAGGAGAAAAAAUCAAAGUCGACUGCAACACCUGUGUUUGUAAGAACAGAAUGUGGAAAUGCACCACGGACAGAUGCCUAGGUACCUGUGCUGUUUAUGGUGAUGGACAUUAUACCACCUUUGAUGACAAGCGUUACACUUUCAAUGGGAAGUGUGAAUAUACCCUAGUCCAGGAUCACUGUGGGCAGAACAGCUCCACCCAGGGGACAUUCCGAAUCAUCACUGAAAACAUUCCCUGCGGCACAACUGGAACCACUUGCUCAAAAUCUAUUAAAGUGUUCAUGGGGAACUAUGAACUGAUACUCAGUGAGGCACACCAUGAAGUGGUAAAAAGGGGUGAUGGAAAUGACCUCCCAUUCAGGAUUCGCUACAUGGGAAUCUAUUUGGUGAUUGAGAUCAACAAUGGGCUGAUCAUCUUAUGGGACAAGAAAACAAGCAUAUUUAUGAAAUUGACUGCUGAUUACAAGGGUCAUGUCUGUGGCUUAUGUGGGAACUAUGAUGGCAAUGGAAUUAAUGACUUUACAACCCGGAGUCAGUCUGUAGUGGGUGACGUGCUGGAGUUUGGAAACAGUUGGAAAGUAUCUCCCACAUGUCCUGAUGCCAAAUGCCUAAAGGAUCCUUGCUCCAAGAACCCUUACAGAAAGUCCUGGUCACAGAAGCAAUGUAGCAUCAUCCACAGUGAUAUCUUUGCUGCCUGCCACUCUCAGGUUGAUCCAACUAAAUUCUAUGAAGCUUGUGUGACUGAUGCCUGCGCUUGUGACACCGGGGGAGACUGUGAAUGUUUCUGUACGGCUGUAGCUGCCUAUGCUCAAGCAUGCAGUGAAUUUGGAGUGUGCAUAUCAUGGAGAUCGCCAUCCAUAUGUCCAAUGUUCUGUGACUAUUACAAUAGCGAAGGAGACUGUAAUUGGCACUACAAGCCUUGCGGAGCCCCGUGCAUGAAAACAUGUAGGAACCCCAGUGGGAGAUGCCUUUAUCAUUUACCUGGCUUGGAAGGUUGCUACCCGCACUGUCCAGCAGAUAAGCCCUAUUUUAAUGAGGAUGAGAUGAAAUGUGUUGGUGUUUGUGGGUGUUACGAUCCUCAGGGUAACUAUUAUCCACCAGGAAAAACUUUUUACUCAAGAGAGACAUGUCAAUCAUGUAAAUGCACCAGCAAAGGUAUAGAGUGUAGCUACGAUGCUAAAGCAUGCUACUGCUAUUAUGAAGAAAAGGAAUAUAUCUACAAGGAUGUCAUCUACAACACCACAGAUGGCUUGGGCUGGUGCAUGACUGCAAUCUGUGAGGCAAAUGGAACAAUCAGUAGACAAAGCUACGAAUGCCCUGGAAUUACAGCAACAACGCCAUUUACAUUUUCUACCACUCCGCCUAUAACAGCAGAAUCAACUACACCAAGAACAACAGCAUGUGUCCAUCGGGUAUGUGAAUGGACACAAUGGUAUGAUGUCAGCUACCCAAAUUAUGGAUCAAACAAUGGGGAUUAUGAAACACCAGAAAACAUAAGAGCCAAGGGACACAGCCUUUGUAAAAUGCCAGAUGAAGUUGAGUGCAGAGCUAAAAACCUUCCUGAUGAAAAAAUGGAUUCCAUCACUCAAAAGAUACAAUGUACCAAGGCGAAUGGUUUGAUUUGUAAUAACAAAGAACAAGACCCACCAAUCUGCUACAAUUACGAGAUCAAAUUCCUAUGCUGUCAAUAUAUACCAUGUGGUCUUUCAACAGCCACACCAGUUACUACAGCCAGUAUGGAAACGACACGUCCAUCCAUAGAAACGUCAAUAACAACACCAAGUAGUACACAUAGUAAAACAGAACACCAAACAAGCAUUCAAACAGCGCCGCCCACAACGAGUGAAAGCACGACAAUUAUGACAAGGACCACGGGACAAAUAAAUACCUCAACCAUUUGCCUUCCCAAAUGCAAGUGGAGCCCUUGGUUUGAUACAACACAUCCAACUGAAGGGACAGAUGGUGGUGACUUUGAGAACUACGAAAAUAUCCGAGCGCAGGGAAACAAUAUCUGCGAGAAGCCCGAAAACAUCGAGUGUCGGGCAGAGAAGUACCGCGAAUACAGCCUGACUCAACUUGGACAGAAACUAGUAUGCAACAUCAGUGUCGGCCUGCUGUGCAAAAAUGCAGACCAGUCAGUGAAGUUCCCAAAAUGUCACAACUACGAGGUACGUUUCCAAUGCUGCGACUACACCGAUUGCCAGCCAGGAACAAUUACACCAGGAUCAACGAUUGCUGCGACCACAACUACACAGGGAACCACCCUAGCGGUAAUUACAACUCCAGCACCCUCCACAAGCUCCAUGCCACGUCCAGCUGUAUCGACAACCACUCAAAGAACCACACUAGUAUCAACAACCAUAGGGAGAACAACAGGAAAACAAACGGCCACGACACUUACUAUUCCAUCUUCCACCAUUCAAAUCACAACACCAAGCAAAACUAACACACCGUCACUCACACCUGGAACAGUCCCCACAGUGACAGCAACAUCUCUACAAUCCACCCCUCUGGCCAAACCAACAGCAACAAUACCAACCGUCGCGACAACGGAAGAAACAACCAGCGGCGUGAUCAUCACAACGACCACUCUUGCCCCCACCCCUUCAACUGCAUUCGGAAGCACCUCUUCCUUUUGCCUUCCCAAGUGUCAGUGGACCCCUUGGUUUGAUACAACUCAGCCAACCAAUGGGAUAGACGACGGCGACUUUGAGACCUACGAAAAUAUUCGAGCGCAGGGAAACCAUAUCUGCAAGAAGCCUGAAGCCAUCGAGUGCCGGGCACAGAUGUACCGCGAAUACAGCCUGACUCAACUUGGACAGAAAGUUGAGUGCAACAUUGCCUUUGGAUUGGUGUGCAAUAAUUCGGACCAGUCAGUGAAGUUCCAGCAAUGUCACAACUACGAGGUCAGAGUCCGAUGCUGUGACUACAGCCAUUGCUCACCAGGAACGACACCAGGCUCAACGACUGCUGCCACCACAACGGCACCCGGAAGCACCCCGGGAAGGAUCACAACUGCGGCGUCCUCCACAAGCUCUGGGCCACCUCCAGGUGUGUUGACCACCACUGAAAGCACCACGGUGGUGUCCACAACCCAAGGAAGAACAACAGAAAAAGAAACAACCACAACUCUUACUACUCCAAUUUCCACCGUCUCAGUUACAACACCAAGUGCGGGCAGCACACAUUCAGUGACCCCUGGAACAGUCCCCAGUGUGACAACCACAUCUGUGCAAUCCACCCCUCUGCCCACCACCACGUCAACGAUACCAAUCACCCCGGUCAUCACAACGACCACUCUUGCCCCCACCCCUUCAACUGCAUUCGGAAGCACCUCUUCCUUUUGCCUUCCCAAGUGUCAGUGGACCCCUUGGUUUGAUACAACUCAGCCAACCAAUGGGAUAGACGACGGCGACUUUGAGACCUACGAAAAUAUUCGAGCGCAGGGAAACCAUAUCUGCAAGAAGCCUGAAGCCAUCGAGUGCCGGGCACAGAUGUACCGCGAAUACAGCCUGACUCAACUUGGACAGAAAGUUGAGUGCAACAUUGCCUUUGGAUUGGUGUGCAAUAAUUCGGACCAGUCAGUGAAGUUCCAGCAAUGUCACAACUACGAGGUCAGAGUCCGAUGCUGUGACUACAGCCAUUGCUCACCAGGAACGACACCAGGCUCAACGACUGCUGCCACCACAACGGCACCCGGAAGCACCCCGGGAAGGAUCACAACUGCGGCGUCCUCCACAAGCUCUGGGCCACCUCCAGGUGUGUUGACCACCACUGAAAGCACCACGGUGGUGUCCACAACCCAAGGAAGAACAACAGAAAAAGAAACAACCACAACUCUUACUACUCCAAUUUCCACCGUCUCAGUUACAACACCAAGUGCGGGCAGCACACAUUCAGUGACCCCUGGAACAGUCCCCAGUGUGACAACCACAUCUGUGCAAUCCACCCCUCUGCCCACCACCACGUCAACGAUACCAAUCACCCCGGUCAUCACAACGACCACUCUUGCCCCCACCCCUUCAACUGCAUUCGGAAGCACCUCUUCCUUUUGCCUUCCCAAGUGUCAGUGGACCCCUUGGUUUGAUACAACUCAGCCAACCAAUGGGAUAGACGACGGCGACUUUGAGACCUACGAAAAUAUCCGCAAGCAUGGAGGCGAUAUCUGCAAGAAGCCUCAUGACAUUGACUGCCGGUCGGAAAAGUACCCAGACCAUAGCCUGACUCAACUUGGACAGAAAGUUGAGUGCAACAUUGCCUUUGGAUUGGUGUGCAAUAAUUCGGACCAGUCAGUGAAGUUCCAGCAAUGUCUCAACUACGAGGUCAGAGUCCGAUGCUGUGACUACAGCCAUUGCUCACCAGGAACGACACCAGGCUCAACGACUGCUGCCACCACAACGGCACCCGGAAGCACCCCGGGAAGGAUCACAACUGCGGCGUCCUCCACAAGCUCUGGACCACCUCCAGGUGUGUUGACCACCACUGAAAGCACCACGGUGGUGUCCACAACCCAAGGAAGAACAACAGAAAAAGAAACAACCACAACUCUUACUACUCCAAUUUCCACCGUCUCAGUUACAACACCAAGUGCGGGCAGCACACAUUCAGUGACCCCUGGAACAGUCCCCAGUGUGACAACCACAUCUGUGCAAUCCACCCCUCUGCCCACCACCACGUCAACGAUACCAAUCACCCCGGUCAUCACAACGACCACUCUUGCCCCCACCCCUUCAACUGCAUUCGGAAGCACCUCUUCCUUUUGCCUUCCCAAGUGUCAGUGGACCCCUUGGUUUGAUACAACUCAGCCAACCAAUGGGAUAGACGACGGCGACUUUGAGACCUACGAAAAUAUUCGAGCGCAGGGAAACCAUAUCUGCAAGAAGCCUGAAGCCAUCGAGUGCCGGGCACAGAUGUACCGCGAAUACAGCCUGACUCAACUUGGACAGAAAGUUGAGUGCAACAUUGCCUUUGGAUUGGUGUGCAAUAAUUCGGACCAGUCAGUGAAGUUCCAGCAAUGUCACAACUACGAGGUCAGAGUCCGAUGCUGUGACUACAGCCAUUGCUCACCAGGAACGACACCAGGCUCAACGACUGCUGCCACCACAACGGCACCCGGAAGCACCCCGGGAAGGAUCACAACUGCGGCGUCCUCCACAAGCUCUGGGCCACCUCCAGGUGUGUUGACCACCACUGAAAGCACCACGGUGGUGUCCACAACCCAAGGAAGAACAACAGAAAAAGAAACAACCACAACUCUUACUACUCCAAUUUCCACCGUCUCAGUUACAACACCAAGUGCGGGCAGCACACAUUCAGUGACCCCUGGAACAGUCCCCAGUGUGACAACCACAUCUGUGCAAUCCACCCCUCUGCCCACCACCACGUCAACGAUACCAAUCACCCCGGUCAUCACAACGACCACUCUUGCCCCCACCCCUUCAACUGCAUUCGGAAGCACCUCUUCCUUUUGCCUUCCCAAGUGUCAGUGGACCCCUUGGUUUGAUACAACUCAACCAACCAAUGGGAUAGACGACGGCGACUUUGAGACCUACGAAAAUAUCCGCAAGCAUGGAGGCGAUAUCUGCAAGAAGCCUCAUGACAUUGACUGCCGGUCGGAAAAGUACCCAGACCAUAGCCUGACUCAACUUGGACAGAAAGUUGAGUGCAACAUUGCCUUUGGAUUGGUGUGCAAUAAUUCGGACCAGUCAGUGAAGUUCCAGCAAUGUCUCAACUACCAGGUCAGAGUCCGAUGCUGUGACUACAGCCAUUGCUCACCAGGAACGACACCAGGCUCAACGACUGCUGCCACCACAACGGCACCCGGAAGCACCCCGGGAAGGAUCACAACUGCGGCGUCCUCCACAAGCUCUGGACCACCUCCAGGUGUGUUGACCACCACUGAAAGCACCACGGUGGUGUCCACAACCCAAGGAAGAACAACAGAAAAAGAAACAACCACAACUCUUACUACUCCAAUUUCCACCGUCUCAGUUACAACACCAAGUGCGGGCAGCACACAUUCAGUGACCCCUGGAACAGUCCCCAGUGUGACAACCACAUCUGUGCAAUCCACCCCUCUGCCCACCACCACGUCAACGAUACCAAUCACCCCGGUCAUCACAACGACCACUCUUGCCCCCACCCCUUCAACUGCAUUCGGAAGCACCUCUUCCUUUUGCCUUCCCAAGUGUCAGUGGACCCCUUGGUUUGAUACAACUCAGCCAACCAAUGGGAUAGACGACGGCGACUUUGAGACCUACGAAAAUAUUCGAGCGCAGGGAAACCAUAUCUGCAAGAAGCCUGAAGCCAUCGAGUGCCGGGCACAGAUGUACCGCGAAUACAGCCUGACUCAACUUGGACAGAAAGUUGAGUGCAACAUUGCCUUUGGAUUGGUGUGCAAUAAUUCGGACCAGUCAGUGAAGUUCCAGCAAUGUCACAACUACGAGGUCAGAGUCCGAUGCUGUGACUACAGCCAUUGCUCACCAGGAACGACACCAGGCUCAACGACUGCUGCCACCACAACGGCACCCGGAAGCACCCCGGGAAGGAUCACAACUGCGGCGUCCUCCACAAGCUCUGGGCCACCUCCAGGUGUGUUGACCACCACUGAAAGCACCACGGUGGUGUCCACAACCCAAGGAAGAACAACAGAAAAAGAAACAACCACAACUCUUACUACUCCAAUUUCCACCGUCUCAGUUACAACACCAAGUGCGGGCAGCACACAUUCAGUGACCCCUGGAACAGUCCCCAGUGUGACAACCACAUCUGUGCAAUCCACCCCUCUGCCCACCACCACGUCAACGAUACCAAUCACCCCGGUCAUCACAACGACCACUCUUGCCCCCACCCCUUCAACUGCAUUCGGAAGCACCUCUUCCUUUUGCCUUCCCAAGUGUCAGUGGACCCCUUGGUUUGAUACAACUCAGCCAACCAAUGGGAUAGACGACGGCGACUUUGAGACCUACGAAAAUAUUCGAGCGCAGGGAAACCAUAUCUGCAAGAAGCCUGAAGCCAUCGAGUGCCGGGCACAGAUGUACCGCGAAUACAGCCUGACUCAACUUGGACAGAAAGUUGAGUGCAACAUUGCCUUUGGAUUGGUGUGCAAUAAUUCGGACCAGUCAGUGAAGUUCCAGCAAUGUCACAACUACGAGGUCAGAGUCCGAUGCUGUGACUACAGCCAUUGCUCACCAGGAACGACACCAGGCUCAACGACUGCUGCCACCACAACGGCACCCGGAAGCACCCCGGGAAGGAUCACAACUGCGGCGUCCUCCACAAGCUCUGGGCCACCUCCAGGUGUGUUGACCACCACUGAAAGCACCACGGUGGUGUCCACAACCCAAGGAAGAACAACAGAAAAAGAAACAACCACAACUCUUACUACUCCAAUUUCCACCGUCUCAGUUACAACACCAAGUGCGGGCAGCACACAUUCAGUGACCCCUGGAACAGUCCCCAGUGUGACAACCACAUCUGUGCAAUCCACCCCUCUGCCCACCACCACGUCAACGAUACCAAUCACCCCGGUCAUCACAACGACCACUCUUGCCCCCACCCCUUCAACUGCAUUCGGAAGCACCUCUUCCUUUUGCCUUCCCAAGUGUCAGUGGACCCCUUGGUUUGAUACAACUCAGCCAACCAAUGGGAUAGACGACGGCGACUUUGAGACCUACGAAAAUAUUCGAGCGCAGGGAAACCAUAUCUGCAAGAAGCCUGAAGACAUUGAGUGCCGGGCAGAGAUGUACCGCGAAUACAGCCUGACUCAACUUGGACAGAAAGUUGAAUGCAACAUUGCCUUUGGAUUGGUGUGCAAUAAUUCGGACCAGUCAGUGAAGUUCCAGCAAUGUCACAACUACCAGGUCAGAGUCCGAUGCUGUGACUACAGCCAUUGCUCACCAGGAACGACACCAGGCUCAACGACUGCUGCCACCACAACGGCACCCGGAAGCACCCCGGGAAGGAUCACAACUGCGGCGUCCUCCACAAGCUCUGGACCACCUCCAGGUGUGUUGACCACCACUGAAAGCACCACGGUGGUGUCCACAACCCAAGGAAGAACAACAGAAAAAGAAACAACCACAACUCUUACUACUCCAAUUUCCACCGUCUCAGUUACAACACCAAGUGCGGGCAGCACACAUUCAGUGACCCCUGGAACAGUCCCCAGUGUGACAACCACAUCUGUGCAAUCCACCCCUCUGCCCACCACCACGUCAACGAUACCAAUCACCCCGGUCAUCACAACGACCACUCUUGCCCCCACCCCUUCAACUGCAUUCGGAAGCACCUCUUCCUUUUGCCUUCCCAAGUGUCAGUGGACCCCUUGGUUUGAUACAACUCAGCCAACCAAUGGGAUAGACGACGGCGACUUUGAGACCUACGAAAAUAUUCGAGCGCAGGGAAACCAUAUCUGCAAGAAGCCUGAAGCCAUCGAGUGCCGGGCACAGAUGUACCGCGAAUACAGCCUGACUCAACUUGGACAGAAAGUUGAGUGCAACAUUGCCUUUGGAUUGGUGUGCAAUAAUUCGGACCAGUCAGUGAAGUUCCAGCAAUGUCACAACUACGAGGUCAGAGUCCGAUGCUGUGACUACAGCCAUUGCUCACCAGGAACGACACCAGGCUCAACGACUGCUGCCACCACAACGGCACCCGGAAGCACCCCGGGAAGGAUCACAACUGCGGCGUCCUCCACAAGCUCUGGGCCACCUCCAGGUGUGUUGACCACCACUGAAAGCACCACGGUGGUGUCCACAACCCAAGGAAGAACAACAGAAAAAGAAACAACCACAACUCUUACUACUCCAAUUUCCACCGUCUCAGUUACAACACCAAGUGCGGGCAGCACACAUUCAGUGACCCCUGGAACAGUCCCCAGUGUGACAACCACAUCUGUGCAAUCCACCCCUCUGCCCACCACCACGUCAACGAUACCAAUCACCCCGGUCAUCACAACGACCACUCUUGCCCCCACCCCUUCAACUGCAUUCGGAAGCACCUCUUCCUUUUGCCUUCCCAAGUGUCAGUGGACCCCUUGGUUUGAUACAACUCAGCCAACCAAUGGGAUAGACGACGGCGACUUUGAGACCUACGAAAAUAUUCGAGCGCAGGGAAACCAUAUCUGCAAGAAGCCUGAAGCCAUCGAGUGCCGGGCACAGAUGUACCGCGAAUACAGCCUGACUCAACUUGGACAGAAAGUUGAGUGCAACAUUGCCUUUGGAUUGGUGUGCAAUAAUUCGGACCAGUCAGUGAAGUUCCAGCAAUGUCACAACUACGAGGUCAGAGUCCGAUGCUGUGACUACAGCCAUUGCUCACCAGGAACGACACCAGGCUCAACGACUGCUGCCACCACAACGGCACCCGGAAGCACCCCGGGAAGGAUCACAACUGCGGCGUCCUCCACAAGCUCUGGACCACCUCCAGGUGUGUUGACCACCACUGAAAGCACCACGGUGGUGUCCACAACCCAAGGAAGAACAACAGAAAAAGAAACAACCACAACUCUUACUACUCCAAUUUCCACCGUCUCAGUUACAACACCAAGUGCGGGCAGCACACAUUCAGUGACCCCUGGAACAGUCCCCAGUGUGACAACCACAUCUGUGCAAUCCACCCCUCUGCCCACCACCACGUCAACGAUACCAAUCACCCCGGUCAUCACAACGACCACUCUUGCCCCCACCCCUUCAACUGCAUUCGGAAGCACCUCUUCCUUUUGCCUUCCCAAGUGUCAGUGGACCCCUUGGUUUGAUACAACUCAGCCAACCAAUGGGAUAGACGACGGCGACUUUGAGACCUACGAAAAUAUUCGAGCGCAGGGAAACCAUAUCUGCAAGAAGCCUGAAGCCAUCGAGUGCCGGGCACAGAUGUACCGCGAAUACAGCCUGACUCAACUUGGACAGAAAGUUGAGUGCAACAUUGCCUUUGGAUUGGUGUGCAAUAAUUCGGACCAGUCAGUGAAGUUCCAGCAAUGUCACAACUACGAGGUCAGAGUCCGAUGCUGUGACUACAGCCAUUGCUCACCAGGAACGACACCAGGCUCAACGACUGCUGCCACCACAACGGCACCCGGAAGCACCCCGGGAAGGAUCACAACUGCGGCGUCCUCCACAAGCUCUGGGCCACCUCCAGGUGUGUUGACCACCACUGAAAGCACCACGGUGGUGUCCACAACCCAAGGAAGAACAACAGAAAAAGAAACAACCACAACUCUUACUACUCCAAUUUCCACCGUCUCAGUUACAACACCAAGUGCGGGCAGCACACAUUCAGUGACCCCUGGAACAGUCCCCAGUGUGACAACCACAUCUGUGCAAUCCACCCCUCUGCCCACCACCACGUCAACGAUACCAAUCACCCCGGUCAUCACAACGACCACUCUUGCCCCCACCCCUUCAACUGCAUUCGGAAGCACCUCUUCCUUUUGCCUUCCCAAGUGUCAGUGGACCCCUUGGUUUGAUACAACUCAGCCAACCAAUGGGAUAGACGACGGCGACUUUGAGACCUACGAAAAUAUUCGAGCGCAGGGAAACCAUAUCUGCAAGAAGCCUGAAGCCAUCGAGUGCCGGGCACAGAUGUACCGCGAAUACAGCCUGACUCAACUUGGACAGAAAGUUGAGUGCAACAUUGCCUUUGGAUUGGUGUGCAAUAAUUCGGACCAGUCAGUGAAGUUCCAGCAAUGUCACAACUACGAGGUCAGAGUCCGAUGCUGUGACUACAGCCAUUGCUCACCAGGAACGACACCAGGCUCAACGACUGCUGCCACCACAACGGCACCCGGAAGCACCCCGGGAAGGAUCACAACUGCGGCGUCCUCCACAAGCUCUGGGCCACCUCCAGGUGUGUUGACCACCACUGAAAGCACCACGGUGGUGUCCACAACCCAAGGAAGAACAACAGAAAAAGAAACAACCACAACUCUUACUACUCCAAUUUCCACCGUCUCAGUUACAACACCAAGUGCGGGCAGCACACAUUCAGUGACCCCUGGAACAGUCCCCAGUGUGACAACCACAUCUGUGCAAUCCACCCCUCUGCCCACCACCACGUCAACGAUACCAAUCACCCCGGUCAUCACAACGACCACUCUUGCCCCCACCCCUUCAACUGCAUUCGGAAGCACCUCUUCCUUUUGCCUUCCCAAGUGUCAGUGGACCCCUUGGUUUGAUACAACUCAGCCAACCAAUGGGAUAGACGACGGCGACUUUGAGACCUACGAAAAUAUUCGAGCGCAGGGAAACCAUAUCUGCAAGAAGCCUGAAGCCAUCGAGUGCCGGGCACAGAUGUACCGCGAAUACAGCCUGACUCAACUUGGACAGAAAGUUGAGUGCAACAUUGCCUUUGGAUUGGUGUGCAAUAAUUCGGACCAGUCAGUGAAGUUCCAGCAAUGUCACAACUACGAGGUCAGAGUCCGAUGCUGUGACUACAGCCAUUGCUCACCAGGAACGACACCAGGCUCAACGACUGCUGCCACCACAACGGCACCCGGAAGCACCCCGGGAAGGAUCACAACUGCGGCGUCCUCCACAAGCUCUGGACCACCUCCAGGUGUGUUGACCACCACUGAAAGCACCACGGUGGUGUCCACAACCCAAGGAAGAACAACAGAAAAAGAAACAACCACAACUCUUACUACUCCAAUUUCCACCGUCUCAGUUACAACACCAAGUGCGGGCAGCACACAUUCAGUGACCCCUGGAACAGUCCCCAGUGUGACAACCACAUCUCAGCAAUCUACCCAUGUGUCCACACCAACAGCAACCCCCAUAAUUGUCUCCACUUCAGCUUUUACAGCAGGGCAACUAAUUUAUAAUAGAACUGAUAAUUCCGGGUGCAGAUUUUAUGCAGUUUGCAACCAGCAUUGUGAAGUUGAGAGGAAGGUAGAAUGUCCUUCUACAACAUCCCGACCAUCAACAUCACCAGUUACAACUGUGGGAACAUCAUCUACUCCCAAACCCACAGUUGUUAUUCCCUCAACUGAAUCACACACUUCUUCCCUUGUACCAACUGAAGGAACAACUCCUGUACCGGGCUGCCCCAAUGUUGAUCCACCUAGAAAGGUUAAUGAAACUUGGAUGUUAAACAACUGCACUAUGGCGACUUGUGAAGGAAACAACAUAACUACUCUGGUGCAUCAACCCCCUGCAGAAAAGAUAGAAUGUGCAAAUGGUGUCUCACCAGUAGAAAUAAUAGAUAAGGAUGGCUGUCCCCGCUAUGAGUGUGAAUGCAUUUGCACCGGUUGGGACAAUUUUAACUAUAGGACUUUUGAUGGCACUUCGUACACUUUCCAUGAGAAUUGCACUUAUGUCCUGGCAAAAGAGAUUGUGGAUAAACAUGGAAACUUCAGUGUUUUGGUUAACAAUUACUUCUGUGAUGUAGCUAAUAAUCAGUCCUGUUCCAGAUCCAUCAUUGUAAAUUACAACUCUAUGGAAGUAGUGCUAAGCAGUCAAAUGCAUAAAGGAGUGAGAAUUAACAAGGUUCUAUUCAACAAUGAACCAGUCAGUAGCAGUUUCACCAAGAAUGGCAUUUCAGUUACCAGCGUUGGAACUACCAUGACUGUUGAAAUUCCGGCCAUCCAGGCUUUUAUUUCCUUCAAUGGGCGCGCCUUCACCAUAAAACUCCCAUUUGGCCUGUUUGAACACAACACAGAGGGACAGUGUGGCAUUUGUUCAAAUGAUCGUUCAGAUGAUUGCCGCUUGCCCAGUGGUCAUGAAGCCUCCUCUUGCUCAGACAUGGCUCCCCACUGGAAGGUUUAUGAUCCUGAAAAUCCCUACUGUGGAGAAGUGACACCAGAGCCUACAGGGCCUCCACCAACACUCUGCACUACUCCAUCUCCUCUGUGUGAAGUGAUUAUGAGCGAUACUUUUGCAGAUUGCCAUAAAAUUCUGCCUCCCAAAGACUUCUACGAUGCCUGCCUCCUUAAAGCCUGUCAGAACUCCAACAAUUCCCUGAAUUGUGACAACAUAGAGAUGUAUGCUUCCCUCUGCACAGCUAAAGGUGUUUGUACUGACUGGAGGAACACAACCGAAGGAAAAUGCCCAUACCAUUGCCCCAAAGACAAGGUGUACGAUGCAUGUGGUCCUAUUCAUCCUGCCACCUGUGAUAACGGACAAGCUAAGGAAGUUAGUGCUCAUGUUGCUGAAGGAUGCUUUUGCCCGAAGGACAAAAUCCUGUUCAACACAUACACUGACAUAUGUGUUUCAGAAUGUGGUUGUGUGGGACCAGAUGGCAUGCCCAAACCGCCUGGUACCAAAUGGAAGAGCAAUUGCCAAGAGUGUCUCUGUGACCCAUUGUCCUUGAGUGUACAGUGUAAACCAGUGAUCUGCGAGGAGUCAAAAAUACCCAUUUGUGAGAAAGAAGGGUUCAUGCCUGUCCCUGUGCUGAUACCAGAAGACCCAUGCUGUCCAGAAAUUAAUUGCAUAUGCAAUGUUAGUGCCUGCACCACCCAGAAGAAAUCUUGUGAACCUGGAUAUGUGAUAGAGUCGAUCCUGUUUGAAGGAGACUGCUGUGUCACAUACAACUGUAAAAGGAAAGCUGGCUCAUUACAGAGGGAUGGCUCUCUCCCGUUCAUUGCUAACACUUUAUCUACUACACAGGGUUACGAGUACCAGGUCGAGUCUGGAAAGUGUUGUGGAACAUGUGUCCAGGUGUAUUGUACAAUCAACCUGAAUGGCAUCACAGAGGUGUUCAAGCCUGGUGAUAUUUGGUAUCCAGAAGCUAAUAACUGCAGCCAGUACACAUGUGAACCAAUGAACGAUACACUUGUUCCUGUUAAAGUUGUAAGAGCAUGCCCCGAUCUCAGCCUGGAGGAGUGUGACCCUGCUGACAUUGAAUUAUCUGCUGAUGGCUGCUGUAAAGUAUGCAAACCUCAAGAGAUAAAAAGCUGCAAGGUUCACAAGAAUAAAACACUUAUCCGUCAAAAUGAAUGCAUAUCUUCUGAAGUUGUAGAACUGACCUACUGUGAAGGGGCUUGUCCAAGUUCUUCCAUGUAUUCCAGUGAGGCAAAGGCAAUGCAGCACAAGUGUACCUGCUGCCAGGAGCUGAAGAGCCACAGGCGAGAGGUGAACUUGACAUGCCAGGAUGGCAAAAGCAUCAAUUAUGACUACAUCUAUGUGGACGAGUGUGAGUGCAUGACUGCGUGCAUGCCACAAAACACUGUUAGAUAA